AUGGUCAUUAGAGCUUGGUUGAGUACGUCGAUUGUGAAGUGGACGUUUAAGAAAAUAAGCAGUGCGUUCGAUAACCAGAGGUUGGCAGCAGCCCAGGAGGCGGUAGCACAGCAGCGGUCUGGUCGUGACUGCUCGCCCGCCCCCGGCCACGGCAUGAGCCCGCACCCACACCAGCCUCCCCCAGGCGCCAAGGGGCCCACUUCGCUAUUCAUCCUCAGUGAGGACAACCCCAUACGCCGAUAUACUCGUUUCAUCAUCGAGUGGCCAUAUCCUUUAACGCAAACGUCUACUAGAAAUAAGCUAUGUAACGUGUUCGACAAAAACCAGGCACUUUGA